ACUCAGUAGACAAUCUUUCCUCAUUUCGUUAACACACUCACAGCACCUUUAAGCAAAAACCAAAUAAUAUACAGAAGAAUUUCCCCAAAGCAACAAACAGCAACAGUAGCUAAAUUAAAUACCCAAAGAUAAAACGAACAUAGAUAUAUCUAUAUACCUAUAAUAAUCAUUUCCGAAACAAAAAAACAGUUUUGAAGAGCUUGAAUAGAUCUGUGUGCUUGCUGUUCGCCGAUUAAAAAAUAUAUAAAUAUGUUAGAUAUGUUCAAUAAAACCACAUUUAACUAAAUUGAAUGUCAACGUGCGUGUCUAGUGCAAAAACCUAUAUCACUCGUCUUGUUGUUGUGGCUGUCGUCGCUUGUAACUUUAAACGAAAACAAAGUUUGUCAGCCAUGAAAACCCCUGACUUUGAUAACAAACUGCGCGUAUAAACUGCAAAGGGAAAUGAGCACACACGAGGAAAAGCCAUUGUGAAACUGUGAAAGUGUAAUCAAAUAAAUUCUCUCGCCGGAUAAUCCGAAUAGCAAAAAAAAGGUCAGCCGUGGAAGAUGUGCAUAAAAACCUGCGACGACAUCAAAUUCGGUGACAAUAGCGACGGAGGUCACGAAGGUGGAAAGAAUAACGUCAUCCGCACAUCCAAUUCGGGCUACGAGCACUUCCAACUUCAACUGCAGUUGCAGGCCAAGCUAAACAAACAAAAGCACAAAGGCUACAAAUUGCCCAACUUUAAGAUUCUCAUGUGUUGUUGCUACUUCAUCAUCAUAGUCCUGAUGAUAUGAAAACUGCAAGCAAAAACUAUCAUCCAGUGCAAAAAAAAUAUUCCAACCAAAAAUGCUUCAAUUAUACAGAUAAAUGCAAACAUACUGAAACCACAAAACGUACCAGAAAUUAAUGUUCAACUAAACGCAUAAACAAGUUCUCAUUCGAUUGGUGUCUAUAAAAUAAACCAUCAGUUAUUUACAUACGUGUGUUAAUACAAAUCAAAUAUAUAUGUAUAGU